AUGCAAGAUGCUAAAGGAGCAUCAACACCAUUAGAUCCAGGUAUGAAAUAUACAACAGCCACUAAGGAUAACAUGUUGAAUGCUGAAGGAGCAUUAAAAUAUAGGCAGGCUGUUGGAGGGCUCUUGUACCUAGCAGGAGGAACAAGGCCAGAUUUAGCUUUUGCUACUACUUACAUGAGCCAAUUCAAUAAUUGCCCAAGCAAGGAACAUUGGGCUGGUGUACAACAUAUCCUUCGUUACCUAAAACAGACCAAGGAAUUAAAGCUGACUUUCCAAAAGACAGGAAAGAAUUUGGAAGUGUUUGGUGAUUCUGAUUGGGCUGGUGAUAAGAUUGACAGACGAUCAUUUAGUGGCUAUGUGGUGCUACUAGCAGGUGGAGCUGUCUCAUGGAGCAGUAAGAAACAACAGACGACUGCAUUGUCAACAGUUGAAGCUGAGUACCUCUCAAUGUGCCACGCAGCCAAGGAA